UAUAAAAUGAUUCUUGGGCUGUGGAAUAAUACCCACUCGUGACUCUCUAGACAAUCAACCAAGCGUCUCCCGUCACUCAUUCAGCGUGAUGGCACUAACGAGCAUCAUCGAGGCGUCAAAUGCUAUCAUGAAAAAGAGAAGUGGUGACACACCGUGAGGCAAUAGCGAUUCUGCCAACAGGUCUCCAAAGCCAAUAUAUCUCAUAUCUCACAGGUUCGACGGUGGAGAUGUCUCUUUCAUUAUUUUGGCAUCUACUUUGGUAUUUUUCAUGAUACCUGGUCUCGGUUUGCAUUUUUUUCCUCCUUACAUUUGGUUAUAUUCACUCACUUUAUGCCCAUGUUAUUCUCAGCUUUUCUGUAUUCUGGAUUAUCUAGAAGAAAAUCCGCAUUAUCGCUUAUCUGGGUAGUUUCUGCCAGCAAUGCAGUCUGUAUCUUUCAGUGGUACUUCUGGGGUUAUUCCUUGGCAUUUUCGCCAACUGCAACCAACGGAUUCUUGGGCAACCUAUCGAACUUUGGCCUGAUCAACGUCCUUAACCAACCUUCCCCGGGUUCCCCUCUAAUUCCCGCGCUAUUGUACGCAUUGUACCAAAUGGAAUUCGCAUGCGUCACAGUAGGAAUAUUGGUGGGCGGGAUCGCCGAGCGAGGUCGGGUACUCCCAGCCAUGGUCAUCACAUUCCUUUGGAUGACCUUGGUUUAUUGCCCCCUUGCUUGCUGGGCGUGGAACGUAAACGGCUGGGGUUUCAAAUUCGGUGUUCUUGAUUUUGCAGGUGGAGGUCCCGUGGAAAUCGGAAGCGGGGUAGGAGGUCUUGCCUAUGCCUGGGUGCUUGGCUGUAGACAGGACAAGGAGCUCCAGAACUUCAGACCGCACAAUGUAUCCAUGGUCAACCUGGGCACCUUUAUCCUCUGGUUUGGUUGGUUAGGUUUCAACGGUGGGAGCGCUUUUGGUGCAAACUUGCGCGCUGUCAUGGCCAUGUGGAACUCUAUGCUCGCUGCUGCGUUUGGCGGUAUCGUUUGGUGCCUUAUCGAUUUCCGCCUGCAGCGGAAGUAUAGUAUGGUCGGAUUCUGUUCAGGAACCAUCGCUGGUCUCGUUGCGGCCACGCCUGCUUCAGGAUACAUCGAGCCCUGGGCGGCAGUCAUUAUGGGCAUAAUCACCGGCGCUGUGUGUAACUUCGCAACUAAAUUGAAGUUCCUUCUCGCAAUAGAUGAUUCACUUGAUCUUUUUGCCGAGCACGCUAUUGGCGGAAUCUUGGGUCUCAUGACAAACGCAUUUUUUGCUACUGAAAAAGUUAUUGGCCUAGAUGGCGUCAACACGAACGUCGUUGGUGGCUGGGUCGACCACAAUUGGAAGCAGCUUUACAUUCAGUUCGCCUAUGUCCUCGCGACAUGCAUAUAUACAUUCGUUGUCACUGCUUUAAUCGUCCAUUAUGUCGACACAGUCCCUGGCCUCCACAUACGCGUAGCAGCUGCGAACGAGGCACUCGGUCUUGACGAGGUCGAGAUCGGUGAAUACGCUAACGACUAUAUCGAAGUAUGGCGUGACGUUCUGGAGCCGAACCCCGCUGUCUCCUGUUAUCCACGCGAAUCAACGCUCGAAACGAUAGCUUGUGCUGUACGCAGCCAACCAAUUUCGCAAGAAAUUUCAGCGCGCAAUCUGCAAGUUCAUGACAGUCGUGACUCGAAUGUGCUUGAAAAGCCCGUUGAACUGGAAGUGCUGAACGGGCGGGGGAAUAGAAUCUCCGUGAUUGCAUGAAGAUAUGGGCUUGGUCUUUGGAUUACUCACUGAGCGAGCACAUCCCUGGUCUACCUUCCCCUAUCGCGUUUAUUACACGCAUUGUACGACUCGUUUCAUCUUCUUUUUUUUUACCACAUCUAGGGUCGGUGACCCUAUGACGAAUGAAUACUAUCAUGCCUCACGUCACCUCAAAAUAAUCUGUAUGCAUCGUACACCUGCAAUGUGCAAC